AGUACCCAACGUCUCACCAAUGGCUCCGAAGAUAAAUGAACCCAUGGUAGUGGGUUGGAGUCCAAAUUCCUUGCACCCAGAUGACGCCCCUCAUUCGGCUCCCAAAGUCCACCUCAAAACUCCGACUCACCUCCACAGCACCGUCCUCUACCACUACCGCCGCCUCUCCACCGCCCCACCACCACCACUUCCCAAAAGAUAAUGACGAUAACUUCGUAGCAAUGCUGAACGACAUCGUGCGGAGCAAGCAGAGCUGGAAUUUGGCCCUCAAUAACCCCUUUAUAUCCACCAGCCUCAACUCCCGCCAUAUCGAAAGAUUUAUCAUCCAAAAUCAGCACGAUUCAAGGUUAGCCCUUCGCUUUUUCAAUUUUCUUGGUCUGCAUAGGGACUUCCACCAUUCUACGAUGUCGUUUUGCAUAAUGGUUCACUCGCUUGUCCAGUCCAAUUUUUACUGGCCUGCCUCAUCGCUUUUGCAGACCCUUUUGCAAAGAAAGGAGGAUCCCAGUUCCAUUUUUGAAAACUUGUUUGACUCUUAUAAAAGAUUCAAUUUUUGUUCUGCUUAUGGGUUUGAUUUGUUGAUUCAAAGCUAUGUUCAGAAUAGAAGAGUGUUAGAUUCUGUGUUGAUUGUGAAAUUAAUGAAAGGGUGUAAUGUGUUCCCAGAGGUGAGGACUUUUAGUGCGGUGUUACAUCGGUUGGUUAAGGUAAGGCAAUUCAACAUGGUUAUAAGUCUGUUUGACGAGCUGUUUUCGGGUUCAGGACUUCAGCCGGAUGUUUAUGUAUACACUGCUCUGGUUAGGAGUUUGUGUGAAUUGAAGGAAUACGAUAGGGCGAUGGAAGUGAUGAAUUGGGUCGAAAAGAACUGCAAAUUGAAUGUGGUUAUAUAUAAUGUGUUGAUUCAUGGAUUGUGUAAAGGUGGGAGAGUUUUUGAGGCUGUUGAUAUUAAGAAAACACUGGAGUUCAAGGGUUUAAGAGCUGAUGUUGUUACAUAUUGCACGCUGCUUCUUGGACUCUGUAGAGUGGAGGAGUUUGGGAUUGCUCGAGAGUUGGUUGAGGAAAUGCUGGAUUUGGGGCUUGUUCCAAGUGAGGAGGCUAUUUCAAAUGUAGUUGACGGGUUGAGAAAAAAAGGGGAUGCUCGUAGUGCUUAUGUUUUGGUCGAUAAGGUGAGGAGAUUUGGUACAAUGCCUAAUUUAUUUGUUUGCAAUGCCAUGAUUCAUUCCUUGUGUAAAGAUGGGAAACUGGAUGAAGCAAAUUCUUUGUUUGGGAAGAUGGAUGAGAUGGGGUUGCUCGUAAAUGAUAUAACUUACAACAUUAUUAUUGAUUCGUUUUGCAAAAGGGGGAAAAUGGAUGAAGCCAUCAGCGUUUUUGAUAAAAUGCUCGGUGUUGGAAUAAAACCAACUGUUUAUACCUACAAUAUAUUGAUUAGUGGGCAAUGCAAGUUGGGAAAAUUGAAUGCAGCAGAGUCUCUAUUUGUUAAGAUGAAUGAUAAGGGAUUGACUCCCACUGUGGUAACGUAUACAUCAUUGAUAGAUGGUUACUGUAAGAAAGGAGAAGUGAACAAGGCAUUAAGGCUAUAUCGUGAAAUGACAGGAAAGGGGAUUUCACCAAAUGUUCAUACUUUCACGGCACUUAUAUCUGGUUUUUGUUGUGCAAACAUGAUGGCUGAAGCUGGUCUAUUAUUCAAUGAAAUGGUUGCAAUGAAAAUUAUUCCAAAUGAGUUUACCUAUAAUGUUUUGAUUGAAGGGAGCUGUAAUGAAGGCAACGUGGCAAGGGCCUUUCAGUUGCUUGAUGAGAUGGUGAAGAAAGGUCUUGUACCAGAUACCUAUACCUACAGGCCUCUAAUAACCGGUCUUUGUUCUACAGGCAGAGCAUCCGAAGCUAAAGCAUUUGUGGAUGACCUUCUAAAAAAGCAUCAUGAGAUAAAUGAGUUGUGCUAUUCUGCACUAUUACACGGUUAUUGCAAGGAAGGAAGAUUGAAGGAUGCAUUGAGUGCUUGUGGUGAGAUGGUCAAAAGAGGUAUCGCCAUGGAUCUUAUAUGUUAUGCUAUACUUGUUCACGGGAUUCUCAAACAGAACGAUACGAAACUGUUAAUAUCAAUUUUUAAGGAGAUGCUCAAGCAGGGAUUGAAGCCUGAUAGUGUGAUGUAUACUAACAUGAUUGAUAUGUAUGGAAAAGCUGGAAAUCUUGAAAUGGCGAUCAGCCACUGGGAUAUAAUGGUAAGUGAAGGGUGCAUCCCAAGUGUUGUGACUUACACUGUGAUGAUAAAUGGCUUAUGCAAGGCUGGUAUGGUUGAAAAAGCAGAGAUUCUUUGUAAAGAAAUGUUGAUUAGUGGCUUAGUACCUAACGAGAUCACAUAUGGGUGCUUUCUUGAUCAUCUUACUAAAGGAGGGAAUAUGGAGGAAGCUAUGCAGCUGCACAAGGCAAUGCUUACAGGGUUUCUUGCAAACACCAUCACAUACAAUAUGCUAAUUCGAGGUUUUUGCAGGUUUGGCCAAAUUCAGGAAGCUGCUCGGGUCCUAGUCGAAAUGACCGAUAAUGGUAUCUUUCCAGAUUGUAUAAGCUACUCGACCAUUAUCUAUGAAUGUUGUCGGAAGGGUGACUUGCAAGGAGCCUUCCGACUAUGGGAAUCCAUGCUGACCCAGGACCUGAAGCCUGAUGCCGUGGCUUAUAAUUUAUUAAUAUAUAGAUGUUGUGUUGCCGGAGAACUGAACAAGGCUUUUAAAUUGCACGAGGAUAUGAAUAGUCGAGGUCUGAAGCUAACUCGAGCAACCUAUGCUUGCCUUACUCACCGGACUUGCUUGACAGGACCAGUCAGUCCUACAAGUAGCUAACAUCUGGUGAAAUACCAUCUAUCUAUAUGAUGCACGUAUCACAAGAAGCAUAGUUUCCGUUGACAUCUGAAUCUGGCUAGGAUAUUCAGUCAAUAGACUGAGCCAGAAACCUUUGUUGAACGUGCACACCCUGCAACAAGGUAGAAUGCUUGGGCACUGGAGAGGGUAGGGUGGUGACUAGAAGCACUCUGAUGCCCAAGUAAGAUGGAAAAUUUGUGAAGAGAAGUGAUUGGACAGUAACUAGGAGGAGAGGGAGCAAGGAUUAACAAGCCAUAACCUGUGACGCUCUGCCUCACUUAGUCGCCAUAGAAUGUUACUGUGCCCAAAUUUCUGAAGGAGGCAUAUUGGGAUUGUUGAGCUGACACGUCUUGAAGGAGGCCCGGAUGAGUGCUUGACCUAAGUAAGUUGCCGUCGAGUCUAUGCCAAGAGUUGAAGACAGUUGCUGAGCUGAAGACUAUUGACGAAUCUUGCCAAGGGGUUUAGCAUUUAGGUGUCAAUAGGUUGUUUAGUCUUCUUGGCUGGGUCCCUCUGUGCCACGACUUGGAUAAGCGAAUGGCACUUUCAUUUUGAACUUCACUGGUGGGUGAUCUCACUAAAGAUCCUGAGUCGAAUUCUAAAGGUUUAAGGUCAUGAGUUUAUCGAGGACCACCAAACGAUUGUUAGAUAUUGUCUUUGACAUUAAUCGUACUCUUACAUUAAUCCAGUUGUGCAGAAGUAGACAAGAUUGACAGAGGAUAACAUUGGACUACUUAAUUUCAGUAUCCUCUGAGGAGAAUGCUGAAAAGGUUUUUACACUAUUGACUUCCAUCACUUCUUGAUGGGUUUGUAAUCUAUAGACAGGUGUUUAUUGUAUUUAUUCCUUGAAGUUCUUCUGUAAAGAAAUUGACACUGUCGACAUUGCUUAUUUUUUAUGAACAUUAGUUCACAGGCGUUAUAGCAAAGAGCAA